AUGUCGUCGCUAAUUAUAUACAUUAUAGGUUUCUCUCUCUCUCUCUCUCUCUCUCUCUCUCUCUCUCUAUUUCGUUUACAUAUUUCCGUUUUCUCUCUUUCACAAUCUAUCAAUUUGUUCUCUUUCUCUCCUUCUCUCUCUAAUUUUCUUACAUUGUUCUAUUCCCUCUCUCUCUCUCUCUCUCUCUCUCUAAUUCUCUUACAUUGUACCAUUUUUCUCACUUUAAUUUUCUUACAUUGUUCUAGUUUCUUUCUUUCUUACACUGUUUCCUUUUCAUUCUCUCUCUCUCUCUCUCUCUCUAAUUCUCUUACAUUGUUCUAUUCUCUCUCUUUAACACGCUAUUUCUCUUAUAUUGUUCCAUUUCCCCCCCCUCUCUCUCUCUUUCUAAUUCUCUUACAUUCUUCCAUUUCUCUCUCUUUUUCUUUACAGUGUUCCCUUUUCUCUCUUUCUCUCUCUCUCUCUUAUCCUCUUUCCAAUUUUCUUUCUCUCUCUCUAAUUUUCUUACAUAGUUCUAUUUUAUCUCUCUCUUCAAAUUCUCUUACAUUCUUCCAUUUCUCUCUCUUUUUUUACAGUGUUCCCUUUUCUUUCUUUCUCUCUUUCUCUUUCUCUCUCUCUCUCUUAUUCUCUUACAUUAUCCCAUUUUCUUUCUCUCUCCUUCCAAUUUUCUUGCACAUGUCCCCUUUUCUUUCUUUCUCUCUUUCUCUCUCUCUCUCUUAUCCUCUUACAUUGUCCCAUUUUCUUCCUCUCUCUCUCUCUCUCUCUCAUUCUCUUACGUUCUUCCAUUUCUCUAUUUUUUACAGUGUCCCCUUUUCUUUCUUUCUCUCUUUCUCUCUCUCUCUUAGUCUAUCUCUGUCUCUAAUUCUCUCACAUUGUUCUAUUUUCUCUCUCUCUCUCUCGAAUUCUCUUACAUUCUUCCAUUUCUCUAUUUUUUUACAAUGUCUUUCUUUCUCUCUUUCUCUCUCUUAUCCUCUUACAUUGUCCCAUUUUCUUUCUCUCUCUCUCUCUAAUUUUCUUACAUUGUUCUAUUUUCUGUCUCUCUUUAUAUCCCUACCAUUUUUUCCACUCUCUCUCUCUCUCUCUCUCUCUCUCAUAAUUAACCUUUUUUUAGUUUAUCUAAUAUUAAUCUGGACUCUUAUCUCAUUCAUGCCUGUUCAUAUCUAUCUAUCUAUCUAUCUAUCUAUCUAUCUAUCUAUCUAUGUACAUAUCGAAUUUAUAUCAGCAUGUUCAUAUCUAUCUAUCUAUCUAUCUAUCUAUCUAUCUAUCUAUCUAUCUAUCUCUGUACAUAUCGAAUUUAUAUCAGCAUGUUCAUAUCUAUCUAUCUAUCUAUCUAUCUAUCUAUCUAUCUAUCUAUCUAUCUCAGUCUGUACAUAUCGAAUUUUCUCAGCCUGUUCAUGUCUAUCUAUCUAUCUAUCUAUCUAUCUAUCUAUCUAUCUAUCUAUCUAUCUAUCAGUCUCGGUUUAUUAA